GACAGAGACCUUUAUAGAGAGGGAGUAGAAAACAACACGCUUUCCUUUAGUAAUACCAAAAUUCUCUCUAUUCUUUACUUCUACUCCAUAUCUUCGUAUAAUAAUAUUUAUCAAGAAAGCAUCAAAUUCCGACGACAUUUGAUCCAAUCCGAUUUCUUGCUCCGCCGUCUGAUCAUCGACAGAUGGCGUCGGCGGCAACCCGUUGCGGAGGCAAUCGCAGUCUCCUAGAUCAAAAGUUUGGUUUGUUUGAGAUUCAGACCAAUCGGAAUGAUCGGCCGUGUUCUUUGGCGAUUCGGAACCACGCCAGGGGUAUAACCGGGAAAAAAUUAACAGCCGCGACGACGUCAUUGGAGAAGAAUCGUGCGACUCAGCCGGUGACUUGUCAUCCGCAGUCGGUGGGAAUAGAGAGCGGGUGGAAUCGCUCCGAUACGGAAGCGGUGGCGUACGAGAAACUAGAUGAGUGGAUGAGAGAUUCGGUUGUUGAGAUUGUGAAGAACCUUCGAGAAGCGCCGUUGAUGCUCCACGUCUACAAUAAGGAGAAGGAGACUGAGAACGAUGGCGUUGAGUCAAAGAUGGUAAUGGAGAAGGCGGCGUCAGCGGGGGAUUGGGCGGUGGCGAAGGAUAAGUGGGAAGCCGGAGAUGCGCCAUUACCGGAAGGCCUGAUAUUCGUGGAAGAGCUUGGGGAUGACUCCGAACGACAUGAAGAGGAGGAAAACGACAGCUUGGAAGGGAUGACGAGGGCGUGGGGGGUGGUCAUACAAGGGAAAGGGGUAGAGUGUCCUCCAGCGUGUUAUUUGCUCAAGACUAGUACGGCCGGGGCAGGAUCGGGUUGCGGACUCGGGUUCGGAUGCACUCAUUUUUGUUUGGUUCGGGUGAAUAGCUUCAGGGAAACGGCGGAGUCUCAACUGAGGAAUUGUUGGUUGUAGCAGCCCCAGCCCCAGCCCAAGAUCAAGAUCUACGUCCGAAGUUUCAACUCAAUUGUUGAUUUCAGAUUCGUUCUUAAUUAAAACAUUUAUGUAAAGAUAAUUCAACAUUUAAACCAAAUAUUACUCCACAACUGUAUGGAAUUUCAACUUCAAAUACAACAUUACCACUAUGAUUCAUGAUUCA